GUGCAACUUUCCCAGCAUCUAUUGCCAAGGACCAAUUUCUCGCUCCAGCUAGAUGCAGGCUUGCCUUCAAAUCUCCAUUAUUUCCCAUCAUCAGAAAUUACGACAACACUGUGGCCUCGACAAGAUGAUCCCCUUAUUCUUAACAAUCUUGGGGCUUCUGCCUCAAUCAUUGCUGAAACUAAUAUCUCCAGCUUGGCUCCUUUGGCCCUCCAACACGAUCAUGAUCCUCCUAAUGAUCUUGGAAUCAGCUCGAAAGACUUGGGCAGAAAAUGGAGAUUUGUGGAGAAUGGUGGAGUACAACCAGGCUCAGCUCGAAAGGCUCGGCAAAAAUAUGAAGGGAUUUGUUGCUCUAAGCCGAGGAAUCUGAGGAAGAUGAGAAGGCAUGGAAAAAACAAGAAAAAGAAAGUGGAUGUGGAGAAUGGAGGUACGCUGGGCAGUGAGGAGGCAGAUGGAAAAUGA